CGUCGCACUCGAGUACCUCGGGUCCACCUUUCAAUGGAUAAAUACCCUUUCUGGACUCAUCUUCUUCCUCUCGCCACUGAAUCUUAACUCGACCCGAAUUCCGACUGCAAUUUCCCAAAAUUCUCAUCCCCUUCUCCGGAAUGGCCCCUACGAAUCCUGAAACCUGGACCCAUGGACCCUCCGUUAUCAAGGAGAACGAACUUCGGGAGAUGGCCGUGCUUUUGGGCAAGGGCUUCCGGGUCCACCAUCCCGAUGCCGUUGGGGGGAUUAGUUUAACCUAUAACCCAAAUCCCCAGAAGUAUAUGGUCAUGCAGUACCACUCUGUGGAGAAUGGAUUUAGGUUGCCCCUCCACGGCCUGCUCCGCGACCUCUGCCUCCAUUUUGGAUUCGCUCCGGGUCAAUUGACUGCCAACGCACACAAGUAUGUUGCGUCCUUCAUCUUACGGUGCUGUGCCCUGGACAAAACCCCGCAAUUGGACGAAUUUCUUCUCCUCUUCAGUAUCGGUGGUUUCCCCUUUUACAGUUUAUACCCCCACAAUCAUUUUCCCAUUUUCGAGAAGGUCGAGCUCAAGAUCGACAAAUGGGCGCUUAAAUACUUCGUCAUUGAAUUCCCGGCUCACAGCCCCAUCGUUAUGUCGGGUGUUGUCCUCCGCCGUUCCAUCUCCCGGACAAAAUUCGCCCCGGCAAACUUGGCGGAUGGUGCGUAUAACGCUUUGAGGGAGAAGGAGGGUCUAAUUUCCCACCACUCUCUCCAAGAGGCUAGACUGUACAAAAAGGCAGGUUUCUAUUAUCCCCUGGGUCCUGACCCGAUUCCCUUUGAGGAGGUGCCUUCCCCCGAGAGAUCGAAGACUCCUUCUGCUGCAGAGUCCCACCCGGCUGCAAGUUCUUCUGGAGAUCAGCCCCAAGGUGGUUCCAAUACCUUAGUGGUGCGCAAUCCGGAUGCUGCUCUGAAUGCUGUUCCUAUCUCUGCCAUUCCUGGGCUUAGGAGGCCCACUCUGUCCCAGAAACGGCCACGGGAGGUGGUGCGCAAUCCGGAUGCUGCUCUGAAUGCUGUUCCUAUCUCUGCCAUUCCUGGGCUUAGGAGGCCCACUCUGUCCCAGAAACGGCCACGGGAGGGUCUCUCCGACGAUGAUUUCCUCCCCAAAAAGAACAAGGGUGGCGGUACCUCUGUUUCACCCAGCCCCCUGUCUAACUCUUCUGGUACUCAGAAUACCACUCCUGCUGCUACGUCCGGGGUCUUGGAGUCAUCCCACCCGGAUAGACUCGAUUGUGAGGAAGAAGAGCCUAGGGACCAGUCUGCGCUCAGGAAACCCACAACGCAGCCCCAGACUGAAGUGUCCGGUUCCUCGCCACGUGCCACAACCAGUCCCCCAGCCAUGGAGGAAGAAGGAAUGAGGCAGAAGGAACCGGAGCCCUCCCCUACAGCAGAGAGGGAAGUUGAAGUGCAGUUAGAAACGGAAGUCUCCCACCCGGCGGAGAAUGAGGCUGGAGAGCAGAAAGAUGCUGAAGCUUCUCCAGAAGUGAGGAAAGAGACUGAGACGCAACAGACUCAGGAGGAGCAGCGAGAUCCGGAAGGACGACAUCCCGCUACUGCUCCCCCGGCUGUCAAUCUCCCCAUCCGGUGCAAGUUCACGCCACGGACUUAUUCCGUUUUCGCAGAGGGUUGGGAAGGCUUCUCCCGCGGUUUGAGAUCCUUGCAAGCUUCCCAUUGGACUAUCCAGGGGAAUCUAGAAAGGAUGCAGGGAUUAGUGCAGGAACCUAUAACUCCCCAAGCUCGCCCUGAUCUGCUUGCCCUCAAUGCCCUACAUCUCAUGGAACAAGCCCAGCAAUCGCUCCUUACUUUGACUGAGGAGUACCUGGGUGGAGCAUCAGGGAACUUCCGGGCUGUAAUGCUUCUGAGGGAAAGGGAACUAGCUGCCAGGGCCCUGCAACAGAAGGUUGACUCCCUGGAGCAACAAGUCCAGAUCCUGCUAGAAGAGAAUUCUCAGCUCAAGCUAGAUGACUCCACGGAGCUUGCAGCUGAGAGAUCCAAGUUUGGUAGGUUCCGGGCACAAAUCUCCCUCCUGGAAUCCAAGGUCUCGGCUUCAGAAGACCAGGUAGGAAGUUUGAAAGCUGAGUUGGCUAAAAGGGAGUCCAGGAUCUCUGCGCUGGAGGAAUCCCUCCAGGACGCCAAGCAUGAGAGCUCCCGUCACAAUGAAUUCGCCCUGAAGCAGAUGGAGGCAAGGCGGCUUGUCCUCGAGCAGUUGAAAGGGGAGAGACAGGCUGCAAGUGAGCUCUGGGCAAAGGUGGAUGAACAAGAGAAGACGAUCGCGACUCAUCAAAAGGAGGUGGCCACCCUGAUUGCCCGUGCCAAAGCCCUCUACGAAGAGGGACAAUUUGACAUGCAGCAAUGCAUCUAUGGGGCAGUCCAGAGUGGUCUCCCUGAGAACCGCACUCUGGAUGACUUCAUCUCCUACUAUGGGUUACCUCUCCCUCUUUCUCCCCCAGCUUCUCGUGCAGACCCAGGACCUUGACUUCAUCUUUCUUUGUUGACUGUUGCAUUUUGCUUUGUGACAUUUAGAUGGCUGUAACUUGAUAACGCUUGAUGUAUUUCCGUCUUCACAGACUCCUUUUAUUAAGCUAACUGUUCUCCUUUUGGGAUUCUUGUUCCGCCCUAGGACUUAGCAGGUUUUUUUUUUGUAUCCGCCUAGGCUUUGGGCUUAACUGCAUCCACAACGUAAUGCUUUUCUUGUUAU